AUGAGGUGCGCGGUGUCUCUACUGCUGCUGCUGUCUUUGCUCUCGUUGUCGCACGGCUACAGAGAGCCGGGAGAGGAGGCCGACUGGUGUGAUUAUGAGCAGUGCAAGCUGCCGGACUGUCGGUGUAGCGACACCGACAUCCCGGGCGGACUGCCCGUCCACCAGAUCCCGCAGAUUGUAAUGGUCAGCUUUGAUGAUGCCGUACAGGACAGAUGGAAGGCGGACGUAGGAAACGUGUUGUCAGAUCAUAAGAAUCCUAACGGAUGUCCCCUAGGUGCUACGUUCUUCGCUUCCCACGAGUACACGAGUUACCAGACGGUAGAGGAGUACUAUAGCAAAGGAUACGAAAUCGCCUCGCACUCCAUCUCGCACACUCCUUACCAAGAUUGGUGGAAGAAUGCCAACGAAACACAGUGGCAUGAUGAGAUCAUUGGCAUGCAGACGAUCAUUCACGAAUUCGCCAACAUUCCCACAGACGAUAUUCAGGGAAUGAGAGCUCCCUUACUGCAAACAGCUGGCGACACCACCUACAAGAUGAUGACAAAUAACAAUCUGAAGUAUGAUUCCACGAUGCCCACACGUCGGUUCACCGACCCUCCGCUGUGGCCCUACACUCUCGACUACAAAGAGAGUAAAGACUGUCAGAUCGAACCCUGUCCCGUAGAAUCAUGGCCCGGAGCGUGGAUCAACGUCGCCGGUCUGACCUUGUUCAUGAAGGAGAUCGUGGAUAAGGACGACGUCUGGAUAAUCAACGUCGGACAGGCGAUCGAGUGGAUUCAGAAGCCGACGAAGCUAUCGAGCAUCUUCAAUUUCGCGCCGUGGAGUUGCGAGGCAAAGCCGCCGGCGCGCUGCACCCAGGCGCAGGCGAAAUGGUGUCGGUACGUGCUGGACGACGGACAGGAGCGGUACAUGCAGACGUGCAACGAGAAAUGCCCGCCGAAUUAUCCGUGGGUGGGGAACCCCAAGGGCGAAUAA